GUGCGAAUCUGGCAUCUUGCGGCGAGGACAAGACGAUCAUAAUAUGGGGACUGGAGGGAUUCAAGUGGGUCACAAAAAUGAUCCUUACCGAAGGACAUUCCAGAACGAUUCGAGAAUUGGCCUGGUCUCCCUGUGGGCUGUGUAUAAAUGCUGAAGCGUUUGUGCAACGUGGGGUUAUCUUACGAGAAUUUUUACUUUCCAUAUAAAUAUAUUAAACAGUAUAAAACGAUACGUACGAUGAGUCGAACUACAGGAAAUAAAGUUGGCGUAUCCUUAAAUGAUGUUGUGAGUGCAAUGAACAAAUUUGCGGACACAUCGCUUGCAGCUUCCUGGGACAAUGUUGGAUUACUGAUCGAACCUGCAGAACCGAAAAUUGUGUCACAUAUUUUAUUGACGAAUGAUUUAACCGAAGAUGUUAUGGAUGAAGCCAUUAAAUUAAGGACCGAUGUAAUCGUCACGUAUCACCCGUUAAUAUUUUCCCCAUUGAAAUCUAUUACAUCUAAAUAUUGGAAGGGACGAAUAAUAGCAAGAUGCCUAGAAAACAAAAUUGCUGUUUUUUCUCCGCACAGCAGUUUUGAUUCUGUAACGGGCGGUGUAAAUGAUUGGCUAGCAGAAGCGUUUGAACUUGAGACAAGUAAGCCGAUUCAACCAAAUGAGAAUAAUGCGGCUUAUGGAUUGGGAAGAUUGUGCAUCUUGAAGAACCGGAUAUCUGUUGAUGAAGCGGUAAAUUUAGUAAAGCAGCGAACUAAUCUAAAGCACGUAAGAUUAGCUCGUGCGCGUGGUACAGAUGGAUACAUUAGUACCAUUGCACUAUGUGCUGGAGCGGGUGUGUCGGUAUUGAAAGGAAUAUCUGCAGAUUUGUAUCUUACAGGAGAAAUGUUGCAUCACGACGUAUUAGAUGCCGUACAUCAGGGAAGUCAUGUCAUACUAACAAAUCAUUCUGAUUCAGAACGCGGUUUUUUGACGAUAUUUGCUUCGAUAUUAGAAUGCAGUUUAGAAAACGUCGAAGUGUGCGUCUCUAAAAGUGAUAAGGAUCCACUGCAAACCGUGUAAGCUGUUAUAAAAGAAUAAUUAUUAUAUUUUUUAUAUAUUACACCAUUUGAUUUGAAUUUGAAUAUUUUAUUGGAUGGUAGAGGGAAACUUUGAGAUUGAAAAUAAAGGUCAUUCUUUUUGUCUUUA